GGGAAACACGUCUGUGUCCACUCCCCAGCUGCCAGGGAAGGGAAGGGAGGAGCAGAUCUAUGAAGAAGAUGCCCUCCAGGAGCUGCCGAGUGGUGGGGGCAGUGGUGGAGAAGGCAGUGGAUGCCGAAGCGGGGUCCUCCUGGACAUCUCCUCCCUCAAAAUGAAUGACAUGGACUCCGAGGUGCUCCCUUUGCCACCUCGAUACCGUUUCCGGGACCUGCUACUGGGAGACCAGUCAUUCCAGAACGACGACAGGGUACAAGUAGAGUUCUAUGUCAAUGAGAAUACCUUCAAAGAGAGACUCAAGCUGUUCUUCAUAAAAAACCAAAGAUCCAGCCUGAGGAUCAGGUUGUUCAACUUUUCUCUAAAGCUGCUCACCUGUCUCUUGUACAUUGUACGAGUCCUUCUCGAUGACCCAGUCCAGGGGAUUGGAUGCUGGGGCUGCCCCAAGCAGAACUACACCAUAUUCAACCAGUCAUCACCAGAGAUCAAUUGGGCCCCAAUCUUGUGGGUAGAGAGAAACAUGACUCUCUGGGCACUUCAGGUCAUUAUAGCAUUAAUAGGUUUUCUUGAGACAAUGCUCCUCAUCUAUCUCAGCUACAAGGGAAACAUUUGGGAACAGAUCUUCCGGGUUUCUUUCAUCUUGGAAAUGAUCAACACAGUACCAUUUAUCAUCACGAUUUUCUGGCCUCCCCUGCGGAAUUUAUUCAUCCCAGUUUUUCUGAACUGCUGGCUGGCUAAGUAUGCCUUGGAGAACAUGAUUAAUGACUUCCACAGGGCCAUCCUACGGACCCAAUCUGCCAUGUUUAACCAAGUGCUGAUCCUCUUCUGUACACUCUUGUGCCUUCUUUUUACUGGGACCUGUGGUAUUCAGCACCUAGAGAGAGCGGGAGACAACCUCUCUCUCCUCAAGUCUUUUUAUUUCUGCAUUGUCACCUUCUCCACUGUGGGCUACGGAGAUGUAACCCCCAAAAUCUGGCCCUCUCAGCUCCUGGUGGUCAUCAUGAUCUGCGUGGCCCUCGUUGUCCUUCCACUCCAGUUUGAGGAGCUUGUCUACCUCUGGAUGGAGCGACAAAAGUCGGGGGGUAAUUACAGCCGCCACCGAGCCCAGACAGAGAAACAUGUUGUCCUUUGUGUCAGCUCGCUCAAGAUUGACCUUCUCAUGGACUUCCUGAAUGAGUUCUAUGCUCACCCUCGGCUCCAGGACUAUUAUGUGGUGAUCCUUUGCCCAACGGAGAUGGACAUUCAGGUGCGCCGGGUUCUCCAGAUCCCUCUAUGGUCUCAGAGGGUGAUCUAUCUCCAGGGCUCAGCUCUAAAGGAUCAAGACCUCAUGAGAGCCAAGAUGGACAAUGGUGAGGCCUGCUUCAUCCUCAGCAGCAGGAAUGAGGUAGACCGAACAGCAGCGGACCACCAGACCAUCCUGAGAGCCUGGGCGGUGAAGGAUUUUGCUCCCAAUUGUCCCCUCUAUGUUCAGAUUUUGAAACCAGAGAAUAAGUUUCAUGUCAAAUUUGCUGACCAUGUGGUGUGUGAAGAAGAGUGUAAAUAUGCCAUGCUGGCCUUAAAUUGCAUCUGCCCAGCCACCUCCACGCUCAUCACCCUGCUGGUCCACACCUCCCGGGGACAGGAAGGUCAGGAUUCACCAGAGCAAUGGCAGCGGAUGUACGGCCGAUGCUCAGGGAAUGAAGUUUAUCACAUCCGAAUGGGAGACAGCAAGUUCUUCAUGGAGUAUGAAGGCAAGAGCUUCACCUAUGCAGCCUUCCACGCCCACAAAAAAUAUGGUGUGUGCCUGAUCGGGCUGAAGCGGGAGGAGAAUAAAAGCAUCUUGCUGAACCCAGGCCCACGGCACAUCAUGGCUGCUUCUGACACCUGCUUCUAUAUCAACAUCACCAAGGAGGAGAACUCAGCCUUCAUCUUCAAACAGGAAGAAAAGCAGAAGAGGCAGGGCUUCUCAGGGCGAGGCCUCUAUGACGGACCCUCCCGGCUGCCAGUCCAUAGCAUCAUUGCUUCCAUGGGUACAGUGGCCAUGGAUUUGCAGAGCACUGAUUGCCGGCCCCCGAAUAGCAGCAAACUCACACUGCCCACAGAAAAUGGCUCUAGUAGCCGCAGACCUAGCAUCGCCCCAGUCCUGGAGCUAGCGGACAGCUCUUCCCUCCUCCCUUGUGACCUCCUCAGCGACCAGUCAGAGGAUGAGAUGACGCCAUCUGACGAUGAGGGACUCACCGUGGUAGAGUAUGUAAAAGGCUACCCUCCCAACUCACCAUAUAUUGGAAGCUCUCCUACUCUGUGCCAUCUGCUCCCUGUGAAAGCCCCUUUCUGCUGCCUGAGAUUAGAUAAGGGCUGCAAGCACAACAGUUAUGAAGACGCUAAGGCCUAUGGCUUUAAGAACAAAUUGAUCAUAGUUUCUGCAGAGACUGCUGGAAAUGGGCUGUAUAAUUUCAUUGUUCCACUCCGGGCCUAUUACAGAUCUAGGAAAGAGCUAAAUCCAAUAGUUUUGCUUCUGGACAACAAGCCAGAUCACCACUUCCUUGAAGCCAUCUGCUGUUUCCCUAUGGUCUACUAUAUGGAAGGCUCAGUUGACAACCUGGAUAGCCUACUACAAUGUGGUAUCAUAUACGCCGAUAACCUGGUGGUCGUGGACAAGGAGAGCACCAUGAGUGCCGAGGAGGAUUACAUGGCAGAUGCCAAGACCAUCGUAAAUGUGCAGACUAUGUUCCGGUUGUUCCCAAGUCUCAGUAUCAUAACUGAAUUGACUCACCCAUCAAAUAUGAGGUUCAUGCAGUUCCGGGCCAAAGACAGCUAUUCAUUGGCUCUUUCCAAACUGGAAAAGAGGGAGAGAGAGAAUGGCUCCAAUCUGGCAUUCAUGUUUCGCCUUCCAUUUGCAGCAGGCAGAGUUUUCAGUAUUAGCAUGCUGGAUACCUUGCUCUAUCAGUCAUUUGUGAAGGACUACAUGAUCUCAAUUACAAGAUUAUUGCUGGGUCUUGACACAACCCCAGGAUCAGGAUAUCUCUGUGCUAUGAAGAUCACAGAUGAUGACCUCUGGAUUCGGACUUACGGCCGCCUCUUUCAGAAGCUCUGCUCAUCCAGUGCUGAGAUCCCCAUUGGCAUCUAUAGGACAGAGUCUCACAUGUUUUCCACAUCAGAGCCUCAUGACCUCAGAGCCCAGUCCCAAAUCUCCGUUAAUGUGGAGGACUGUGAGGACACCAAGGAUGUAAAGGAGCCCUGGGGUAGUAGGUCCGGGAGUGGAACCAGCCACCACCGCCCUCACCGCAACUCCUGCGCCAGCGACCAGUCCGAUCACCCCCUCCUCCGGCGUAAGAGCAUGCAGUGGGCCCGCCGCCUCAGUCGCAAAGGUCACAAGAACACAAGCAAGACAGCUGAGUGGAUCAACCAGCAGCGCCUUAGCCUCUAUAGGCGUUCAGAACGGCAGGAGCUGUCUGAGCUCGUCAAAAACCGAAUGAAACACCUCGGACUCCCCACCACAGGCUAUGAGGAUGUAGCAAAUUUAACAGCCAGUGAUGUGAUGAAUCGUGUAAACCUUGGAUAUUUGCAAGAUGAAAUGAAUGACCACCAGAAUACACUAUCCUAUGUCCUCAUCAACCCUCCACCAGACACAAGGCUGGAAUUGAAUGACAUUGUGUAUUUAAUCCGAUCAGACCCCUUAGCCCACGUAACCAAUGACACACACAGUCAGAAAAGCAGUUGCAGUAAUAAGUUGGAGCCAUGCCACCCUGAGACACGAGAUGAGACACAGCUCUGAGGUCUACAUUGGCUGCUGCCGCCACCACUAACGCAUGGAACUUCCCAUCAUCCGGAUUUGCCUUUGGUUUGACUUUCUGGAGACAGCAGAAACAGGCAAGGGGUGGAAUGGAACCAUGGUGACCCAUGGAAUCUAUGGAGUGCUGAGCUGCUUGCCUGACUGAGGACUCCAGAGCUAACCUCUGUGGAGGAAAAAACCAUACUGCAGCCAUUGUGGGGGAACCCCUCAGAAAGGAAGUUCCUUCACCUUCAAACCUAUAGGGUGAGACCUCACCUGCCUGGAACAGCCAGGAGCUGUUGAAGUUAUUGUUUUUAACGUUUUUUAACUUUUAAACAUAUAUAAUACAUAUAUAUCUACACAUGUGUACCGCAACUAGUGAAACUAUCCUUGCUGGAACAGAAGGGAGUGCCUCAGAAGGAUAACCUAGAGACAGCAAAAUGUGCAAAGCACAGUUUGUUCAAAGAACCAACUAAAGAUCUAUGCAUAGGGUGAACCUCAGGGAGAGAGAAAGGGAGGUUAUAUCAGAUGAGAAGAAAUUGAAGUUGUGGUCUUGGAACCAUUCACACUGUCCUGAUAUGCCACCUGUCUCUGGCACAAGAAAGUGAGAGUUGAGGGGUUGGGCAGGGAAGGGUGGGAAAAGAGUCAGAUAUUAGAAAACAAGCACCUUGAAGUAUAGUUCUGAUUGACAUUGGCCAGGGAAAAUGCUGGGUCUGUCCUAAAAACACAGGAAAGGAAAGACUCAAGAUGGGGUCACAACAGGCUAAAAGAUAGAAUCCAAGUGAGUACAAUAGGUCUGGUUCAAAAACUGCUGGACACUGGGGGGCUCAGUGGUCAAGGGUCAAGACUUUUAAGACCUAGGGGAAGCUGGGUUGGAUUCUAUCAUUCUCUCCUAUUCCUGCCCUCUAAAGUUACAACCAAUUUCUCACCUCUGACUCCUCAGCCCUAAGGAAGUGAUUCUAUCUUCCCACAGUAUAUGGGACAGACUUGUUAAAGAUGGAGCAGCGAUCGUAAGAAGAACAGGAACUGAUCGUAAUAAGAACAGGGUAGCGUCACUAAAGUCCUAGAAGGCCUCAUCUCUUCUCUCUCCUCUUUCUAACUGAUUCAAUCAGUCAGUACUUAAUGAGCACUUACUUAGUAUAAGAUCCUGUGCUAGAUGUAGAGCUGAGUAAGAUACGUUCCCUGCCCUCAGGAAGUACACAGUCUAAUUAGGGAGUCAAGUCAAAAUCCUUUUCUCCUACCUUCACGGAAUAUCAGAGCAGGCAGGGACUUGACAAACCAAUUAGUCUUAUCCAAACCUGAUCAAGAAUCCCUUCUACCACAUUCCCAGCCAAUCAACCUCCAGCCAUCACUUGAAGAUUUCUCAUGAGGUCCUCUCAAAGCAUCUCACUCCUCUUGUGUAGGCCUCUAUGUUCCUUUCUUUUUUUCCUCCCCAUCCCCUGUUUCCCUAGUCCUGUCAAUGGCCUCCCUCAAACCUACCUCCAUUCUAUUUCAAACUAACAAAGUUAGUGCCACCUAGCAUACAUAUUUAUGGAGGAAGUGCAAAAUCUUUUGAAUCUGGAUUAAGAGGAAAAGGAUGUAGGCAUCUGUGGAAGGCAUUAUAUUCUGAUGGCACUGGGGAGAUACCCCCAGCAUAUCAGGAUAGAGAACAAAACCCUCCCCUUCUUUGGGAGGAAUUUGAUUCAACAGACCCAGGAAUUUAUCAUACUUUUGACCUCUCUGUUGUGAGAGGUGGCAAGUUGUAGCCAAUUGUACAUAUUUUCAAUAUGGAAAGCAGGGUAAAAUUCUGAGUAUCGACCUUCUAGAGAGAUGAAGCAAAUAGGAAGGAGGAACUAGCCCUUAAAGGGCCUUCUAGUUCUCAGAUUAUAGGAGGAAGCAUGAUGACUGACACUGAGGGUUAGCUGGGUCGAUGUCAUUUCAUGGUAAAAGAAACCAAAGUUACAUAUUUUGUGUGACUGUUAAACAUUCUGGAUUUUUAAGGUCUUGAGUGUUUCUUAGGAUGCCCAGAAGCCAGAUGGACAGGUGAGAUGAAUUCAAACUCUAUAUUAAAACAAAGAAAAAGAGGGAAAAAAUAGUAUAAAGCACAAUUUUCACCCCAGAGUUCCUUGAUGAUUUAAAACUGUUGAGAAAACUUUCCAUUUAAACAUGAGAGGACUGGGAUUCUGACUGACUAUUCAUUUUCAGGAAUUUCUGAGAUCCAUACAGGGAAUAAAUGUUUCAUUAGGCAUGUUGCUGGUUUUAAGGUUAGUGUUAGAUGCCUUCCAUUACAUUGAUGUAUACUAUUAACUUACUUGUGUUAAGCUACAUUCCAGUUCUUCAAAGUAAACUUUUAGUCCUGGAACAAGGUAAUUCUUGGAGAGCUGGUCACAAGCAUUCCUUGAGAGACUCACAUUUCCGGACUUCUUUGACCACCAUCCUCAUGGUACCUCAACCCCAUCCCAAACAUAAGGUUGUUUGCUGUUUUCCUCGACAAGGAAUUGUACUGGUGCUGGUGUUUACCUUAGGCUGGGUCAGGGUCAUUUCCCUGGGUCGUGUUUCAGGAUGUGCUCUUCUGAGUCUGGGGUGGUGGCUGGAGGAGCAGGCUCAUGAAGACAUGUGAAGACACUGCUCAUAUACUGACCAGGCCAAUUGCAAGCAUAGGAACUUGGGUCAGGUCGUGAUGAAAUACAAUUCCAGGUCCCUUGAGCUGGUUCAGAGUGGCUAUGGCUAUCUCGUGUAAAUUUCCUCUCCUCCAAUUUCCCACUGCUGCCUAGUUCUGAUUCUGAUCCUGUGGAUUCUUAAGAAUAAAAAGUAUAUAUUUUAUACAUAUUUAUGUAUAUAUCAGACAUAGAUAAGUUUUGCUGCUAAGUGGACCUCCUGCAUCAGGAGUCCUCAGGAGGGGAGCCUCGAGGCAAAAAUUAAGACUCAGAUUUGUAAGAAAAUGGUCAUACCCACAAGUAGCUGCCUUUCUGGAGUAUAGAUGUCUCUAAAUACUUACCAAAAAAUCCUAAAGUGAAAACUGGCUCCUCUCUAUUAUAAUUGUCAAUUUCCCAUGUUCGUAGUCAAAAUUAGGGGUUGCCCAUCCCUUAUUUCCGUUAUCACCUGUGUGGGCCAGUUAAUCUCUCAUAUACUCUGAAGGGCGGGACAGCAUAGUCCUGGGUAGUAGUAACAGUCAGCAAGCUGGAGAAAAGUGGAUUCAGUCCCUAUGGGACUUACCGGGAGGUUAUAGAAGUAGCAGCCUUAUCACUGGGAGACCCCCAAGGUCUUUACUGGUGGUCCUUCUAGCAUUCUUUAUUCUCCCAUGCACUUUCAUCAUCUCAGUCAACAAUCUUUUUAGCACCUAAGAACCAUGUGAUUCCAAGCACCAUGGGGAAGCACAAGCAUAAGACAUGGAGCCUAUUUAGGGUCUGGACCUGUGAUUUCAGUGGAAUAAGGAACUCCCAGAUGAGGACAAUCCUUCUACCAAUAUAAGUCACCACCUUCCUUGAAAAUGAAUAAUCUUAUUAAAGAGCUGUCUAGAGCACUGAGAAGUUGUAAUUUGCCAGGGUCUUACAGUUCCAGAGGCGUCCAUGACUUGCAUCAGGGAAAUGCAUAAGCAGAGAACAACAAGAAAUGUGUUCAUAGUAAAGAAAAGAUAACCAACAAAGCCAAGAAGUAUAGAAUUGCUCCCAAAGGAGGAGUUCAAAGAGUGAGUGCCAAGGAGUUCAGAAGGGAAGGGGAGGCUGAAGCCAUGGCAGAAAGGCUUCACAAAGGUGAGACUUGACCUGGAUCUUUGAAAGACACAGGAUUUGAUGGGUGGAAAGAAGGAGGAAGAGCCUCUUCAGCUGGAUUUUAGAAAGAUGUGUAUGAUUCAGACUGUUGGAGAGAAAGGAGAACGAAAGGAACAAAGGCUUAGAAGCAGAGAGGAGCCUGGAUGAACUGGAGUAUUCCUGUUGGAGGGCAGUAAUGUGUCUGGAAUUCUGGGGACCUUUAAGAUGAUGAAUACUUUCUUUUUUAAUAGUUGUUGGAAGGCCUGCUCUUUAGGCUACUGGAAUAAGCCACAGAUUGUACAUCUGCUUUUCUCCCAGAUUAUCUCCUUCUGUAUUAUUUCCCUUGGGCAUUUCCAGGUCUUCCCCUUGCCAAAUCAUCCACCUGUAUGCAGGACCUAAAGAGUAAAAGAUCCUUGCCUAUUACACUCACCAGCACAUGCUAAGUUCACUAUUUCUCAUUGCCUCCCCUUCCCGCUUUCCUUCUUCAGAAAGGGAAUGAUGGUGGUUAGUUUUUCCCCAGUAGGUAGGAGGACUAAUUCUGCUCUCCCAAUUCCCCGACUCCAAAUAAACACUUGAAAACAGACCGUUUGAUUAUCUGGAAUAGAGAGAGUAUCUUCUUUAGGGCAGAGGCAACCAGCUUACUUCCCUCCCUCCAAAUGUGGGAACCAAGCUAUUCCCACCUUAAAGCCAAUAUGAUGCUUUGUGGUUGAGCCAUAGGUCACUGCACAAAGACUAAACUGGAAUUCUUUUCAAAGGUAUGUUCAUACCUCAAAACAUUUCAGAGCAGGUGUAAAGCUAUGGAAAGGCCUUCCUGAAAGCCAAGCCACAGGAGUUUCUCAAGAGUACCUGGAUUUCACCAGGGUGCAUCCCAUAUAAAAGGUAAAUGGAUUGCUUACUUCCUGGCAAUGCUGCCCCAAGAGUGAGGAGAUCUCUGUCUCUAAGUGCCACUCAGUGUCACCCCAUUUGGCCCCUUAGGAAACUAUUCUUACAAAGAGCAUUUUACAUUUUCAGAUCCCUGGAGAGGUGUCAUUAUUAAGUGCCUGAAAUUACUGCCAAGGUUAUACUUGUGAGUUUGAUUAUUUUCAGGACCCCUUCUUCUCCACACUCAGAGUCAUAAUUCCUUAGGGCCUUAGUUUCCUCAUCCAUAAAAUAAUAAGUGUCCAGCUUGAUGAUCAAUGAGGAAUAUUAGCUCUAAAUCUUAUGAUCAGAUGAACCACACUCUCCCUUGCUCACACGAAGAAGGAAAUUAAAACCCUUCUCUUGCCCAUUCCCUGUGUUUCCAAGGAAGUGGCGUCUGAUCAAGAAACUGGUCUGAUCAAGGUGGGUUUUUUUGUUAGGUUUGUCCAUUUUAAAAAGCUGAAUUCAUUCUGCCAGUCCAGGAGGAAGGGAUGUGAGGGGACGAGGACUACGCAAAAUGAUAUCCAAACGUCCAGAUUGCCGGCCUUCUUCCUGUAGACGUGGUGCUUCUUGUAGGAUGGGGCUGAGAGAGAUUCGUUUAGUUCAGUUUGGAGCCAUUAAAGGAAAAUCAAACAAACUGGAUUGGAACCAGGUCAAAAUAUAAUUUCACUUCAAAAAUAAAAGGGGAGGGAGGUUGGGAGAGUGGGCAAGGAGAGACUACAGUGGCUCAUGACACCAAACUCAUUUCAUUCUCCUGCGAUCAUGACCAUGACUGAAGCCCCACCCCAGAAUGCAUCCUGAGUUAUUAUCCAAAUAGACUCUGCCACACUGAGAGGAAUCUCCAAAAAUAAAGUUUAGCCAAAAGAUGCUGUAGGAAAAGCUAAUGAAAUGUUUGCAUUUGGAUGGAAAAAGCCAACAAGGCCAAUAAAGCUGCAUGCAGCACAACCUGA